AGUUUCUUUACUGGUCCAACUAUAUCAUUACAAGAUUGUUUGGCUGCUUUCUUCUCAGCAGAUGAACUCAAGGGAGAUAAUAUGUAUAGCUGUGAAAAAUGUAAAAAGUUAAGAAAUGGUUUAAAAUAUUCCAAAGUUUUAGAGUUACCAGAGAUAUUAUGUAUUCAUCUAAAGAGAUUCCGUCAUGAGUUUUACUCCUCUAAGAUUGGUGCAUAUGUAGCUUUUCCUUUAGAAGGGUUAGACAUGAAACAUUACUUACAUAAAGAAUGUCAGAAUGAAAUAACUAUAUAUGAUUUAACAGCUGUUAUUUGUCACCAUGGUACAGCAGGAGGAGGACAUUAUACAGCAUACUGUUUAAACUAUAUUAAUGAAAGAUGGUAUGAAUUUGAUGAUCAAGUGGUAACAGAAGUUGAUGUUCAACAAGUUAUUAAUUGUGAAGCUUAUGUGUUAUUCUAUAGAAAGAGAAAUGAUCAAAUGCAUUCCUUACGACAGAAAGCUAUGGAAUUAAUGGAAGCUAAAGAGCCAAGUUUAAUGCAGUUUUUUGUGUCAAAACAAUGGAUUAACAGAUUUAAUACAUUUGCUGAACCUGGUCGUAUUACUAACAGUGAUUUUCUAUGUACACAUGGAGGUGUACCACCAUAUCUAGUAGACCAUGUUGAUAAUCUAGUAGUACCAUUAAAUCAAUGUAUGUGGGAAUAUCUAUAUAAUAGAUAUGGAGGUGGUCCAGUAUGUAAUAGAUUGUACUCGUGUCAAAUCUGUCAGCGUGAGUUAGAUAAUCUCAUAUUACGACAAAAAACUGAAAUGGAUACUUUCAUUCAGUUAAAUGAUGAAUUUAAAUGUGAAGAGAAUCCUAAUGUUAUAUAUGCUAUUAGUAUGGUAUGGUUUAAAGAAUGGGAGAAUUUUGUACGAGAUAGAACACCAUAUCCACCUGGACCAAUAGAAAAUAAUCGUAUUGCUGUCAUGAAAAAUGGUCAACAAGUUUUGAAACAGACAUCAGAUUAUGGUCAAGUGUCAAGAGAAACAUGGUGUUAUUUACACAAAAUAUAUGGUGGAGGUCCAGAAUUGACUGUGAAACAAACUGUACAGCCAACUACAUUAUUAUCACAAGCUACAGCAAAUCAAACAUCACCAGGGCAACCGACAACUGUCUCGCAGCAAAAGACUAAUACAGCAACAAAUCCUUGUCCAGCACCAAAUUCUUUUCCAAAUUCUGAGGGUAAUUCUGAAUCUUCAAGUUCAUCACAGACUACAGUAGUAGAAGGUAGUAGUUCCACACCAGUCAAUAAUUCUUCAGAGGAAGAACUACCUUCUGAUGGUCAACCUUCAGAUGGACAACCAUCAUCAUCUGGUGGGCAACUGUCCAACCAAGCAACUGUUGUAGAUCAAUCAACUCAUUGUAAAAAUGAUUAA